UUUCAAGCUGCCAUUGGAAUCUUAGCCAAUAUCUUCCUCUUUCUCUUCUACAUCUUGACAAUCCACCGAGAUCAUAGACCUAAGCCCAUUGAUGUGACCACGUGUCACUUGGCAUUUGUCCAUAUAAUGAUGCUACUCACAACACUGGAAAUUUUAUCUGCAGAUAUGUUCAAGGUGAUGAGGGGUCUCUCCAUCAGUACUAUGUCCCUCUUGAGCAUCAUCCAGGUCAUCACCAUCAGCCCCAGCACCUUCUACAUGUCAAGAUUUAAACAUGGACUCACAAAUUAUAUUAGUCAGGUUUUCUUCUGUUUUUGGUCCCUCAACCUUUCUUUCAAUAGUAACAUGAUCAUCUACACUGUAGCUCAUCCCAACAUGACCAAACUACUCCAUGUCAGUAAGUAUUGCUCACUUUCCUCAAUGAAUUCUAUCAUCACGGAAAUAUUUUUCAAGCUUGCAUUGUCCCAGAACAUCUUCUUUGUAGGAAUCAUGUUGCUCUCCAGUGCAUACAUGGUGAUUUUCCUAUCUAAUCAUCAGAGGAGGUGUGAGUACCUUCACAGCAUGAGUGUUACCCCAAGAACCUCCCCAGCAAAAAGGGCCACCCAUACUGUCCUGCUGCUGGUGAGUUUCUUUGUGAUCAUGUACUGUGUGGAUAUCACAAUGUCAUCCUUCUCAACUCUAUUGUGGAAAUAUGAUCCAAUUGUACUGGAUGUCCAGAGACUUGUGGGAAAUGUGUAUGCCAUGGCCAGUCCUUUGAUAUUUAUUAGUUCUGAUAAAAGAAUAAUUGGUAUUCUGAAAAAUGUGAUUGAUAUGACAAUUUUAACAAGUUGA